AUGACCCAAAUCGCUCCACGCGAAGUGACUCCUGUGCCUCUGCAAGCACCAAGCGCUAAAGAGAAGAAAUAUGACCGACAGUUGAGAUUAUGGGCCGCUUCAGGUCAACGUGCUUUGGAAGAGUCUCACGUUCUUCUGAUCACCGGCGAUGAGCACCAUGGCUCCAACAGCAGCGUCGCUGGCGUCGAGACUUUGAAGAACUUAAUCUUACCCAGCAUUGGAAACUUCACAAUCGCAGAUUCUGCCGACGUUACUGAGGCGGAUCUUGGGGUCAAUUUCUUCUUAGAAUCAGAAAGCCUUCACAAGUCCAGAGCGGAAGAGACAAAACGUCUUUUGUCAGAGUUGAAUCCCGACGUUACAGGCCAUGCUAUUACUGCUCCUCUGGCCGAAUGGCUUCCGGUUCCAGGAUCCCUCAAACCCUACAACCUCAUCCUCCUGUGUUCCCCGAUAGCUCAGGAACCUCUUACACGAAUAUGUUCUUAUGCCCAGCAAAAUUCAAUACCGGCGAUUUACAUUCAAUCCGCUGGCUUCUACGCUUCCUUUUCGAUCCAACUCCCUGAUGAAUAUCCCAUCGUCGAUACGCACCCCGAUUCCGAGAGUACGCAAGAUCUUCGACUUCUUGCACCUUGGCCAGAAUUGAAUUCUGCAGUGGAUUCACUCGGCGAUAUCUGGUCAUUAUCAGAUCAUGACCAUGGCCACAUCCCUUACAUACUCCUCUUACUACAUUACUUAAGAGAGUGGAAGACAAAUCACAACGACACAUACCCCUCGACGUUCAAGGAAAAGACCCAAUUCCGCGACUUGGUGCGGUCCGGGGCAAGAACAGACAAUCCGGAAGGCGGCGAGGAGAACUAUGAUGAAGCAUGUGCUGCGGUCCUGAAAAGCAUUGCUCCACCUCCUCUAGGGAGUGGUUGUAAAGAAAUGAUGUCCAUGACUUCAUGUAUCGACCUGAAAAGUGACUCGGCAAAUUUUUGGAUCAUUGCGAACGCGAUCAAGACGUUCUUCGAUUCCCACGGUGUGCUUCCCCUCCCAGGGUCAUUGCCAGAUAUGAAAGCCACUAGCGAAGGGUACAUCAAGCUGCAAACCAUCUACAAAACAAAAGCAAGAGCCGAUGUGGCCGAGGUCACAAAACUGGUGCGAAGGAGUGAAGAGUUUUUGGCAAGAACAACCCCUAUCCCAGAGUCCGAGAUCGAAGGCUUUUGCAAAAACGCCGCGCAUGUCCGUGUCCUUACGAAUCCGAACAACGAGCCCCUUCCGUCCCUGAGACUCAUGACUUCUGAUCCCAAAACACUCUCACGACUACCGACUCUUUUCGAAAAUGACUGGGAAUCACUCCUACCCAUCUUCAUCGCUCUCAACGUCAGCGUCAAGCCUUCGAGGCUUCUCGAUGUGACAACAUCAUCAUCAAGCGCGGAUACCCAAGAAGAACUGAACAAAGCCACCGCUGAAGUCGAACGAGUCUCUGGCGGCGAAUUGCAUAAUAUCUCUAGUGUGAUUGGAGGCAUGGUUGCACAGGAGGCAAUCAAGUUACUCACGAGGCAGUACGUUCCCGUGGAUGGGACGUGUGUUUUCGACGGGAUUAGAAGCAAGAGUGGCAUUUUCAAGAUUUAG